AUGCGGAUCCGCCGUGUAAACACAAUGUAAAUAUUUCUAAAAGGAUCCUCAUUUUAAGCUUAUAUUCGUUUUAUUCUUCUUUUUUUACUUUGUUGUUUUUAUCUGGUGUUUUUUAUUGGACGUGUUUUGGACAGAAAUGGAUAACAUGGAUAGUGAAACAUCAGAGUUUGAGCAGCAUUCAGGAGCCGAGAUGAGCACGAGCCGGGACAACGCUCCAGUUUAUUGCAUUUGUCGCAAACCAGACAUCAACUGCUUCAUGAUUGGUUGUGACAACUGCAAUGAGUGGUUUCAUGGCGACUGCAUUAAUAUAUCCGAGAAGACGGCUAAAUCCAUUAGGGUGUGGUACUGUGAGAAAUGCCGCAGUAAAGACGACUCUUUAGAGACCAAGUAUCGGAUGAAGAAAAGUCGCGAGAGAGACUCGGAGGACGACGACAUGGAGCAGCAGUCCGAUCUCGACACGCCCGACAAGCUCGACCGCCGCCGUGGCUCACGGAUCAAGCGCUCGGCGCGGAUGUGCGGCGAGUGCGAGCCCUGCAUGCGCACGGAGGACUGCGCCCAGUGCGACUUCUGCAAGGACAUGAAGAAGUUCGGCGGGCCCAACAAGAUCAGGCAGAAGUGUCGACUCAGGCAGUGUGAAGUGCGGGCCCGGAAAAUGCUGCGUGUGAAGGAGGAGGAGCUGGCCAUGUCUAAAGGAUGCGAUCGAUACCAGUCGGAUUAUCCGUUAUCCGACGAGUUCAGCGAGAACGAGCUGGAGCUCUACCAGCAGUACUGCGCCGGCAGAUACGGUGAACAGGGCUGGAACAGCGAUGAGGACGACGGACAGUACCUCGAUCCUGCCGUGCGGAAGAAAGCUGUGAAGGUCAAACACGUGAAGAGGAGAGAGAAACGAUCCGAGAAAAAGAAGGAGGAGAAUAAACCCCGUAAGCACAAGCCGAAGCAGAAACACAAGGACAAGGUGAAGCACAGCGAGAGGACCGAAGCCCGAGACGGCGGCGAGGCCAGACAGUGUCUCGGACCCGGCUGUGUAGAAACGGCGCGUCCCGGCUCCAAGUACUGCUCCGACAACUGCGGCAUGAAGCUCGCUGCCAACCGUAUCUACGAGAUCCUCCCUCAGCGCAUCCAGCAGUGGCAGCAGAGCCCGUGUAUCGCGGAGGAGCAGGGAAAGAAACUCCUGGAGCGCAUCCGGCGGGAGCAGCAGCUAGCUCGGACACGCCUGACCGACAUGGAGAAACGGUUCCACGAGCUGGAGAACAUCAUCGCCAAGGCAAAGCAGCAGGUCGUGCAGCAGCAUGAGGAGGUGAACGAGGGAGACGACGACACGGACCUUCAGAUUUUCUGCGUCUCCUGCAGUCACCCGGUCAACCCCAAGGUGGCGUUGCGGCACAUGGAGAGGUGCUACGCCAAGUACGAGAGUCAGACGUCGUUCGGCUCCAUGUAUCCCACACGUAUAGAGGGAGCAACGAGGCUGUUCUGUGACGUUUACAAUCCCCAAAGCAAAACCUACUGUAAGAGGCUGCAGGUUCUCUGUCCGGAACACUCCAGAGAUCCAAAGGUGCCGGCGGACGAGGUGUGCGGAUGCCCCCUGGUGCGGGACGUCUUCGAGCCCACCGGCGAGUACUGCCGAGUGUCGAAGCGCAAGUGCAACAAGCACUACUGCUGGGAGAAGCUUCGGCGGGCCGAGGUGGACCUGGAGAGAGUCCGAGUGUGGUACAAGCUGGACGAGCUGUUCGAACAGGAGCGCAACGUCCGAAUGGCCAUGACGAACCGCGCCGGUCUCCUGGCUCUCAUGCUGCACCAGACCAUCCAGCACGACCCGCGUUCUACAGACCUGCGCUCCGGCAGGGACAGAUAACCCAUCGGCUCCUCAUUUAUACGCAUUUGUACGUUUCGUCUUUUUAAGUGUAAAUAUCGUGUUAAUACUGUUGAUUAUAUUUUAACGAUGUUUUUGGAGUGCGACUUAAUCCCAGGCAUUGCUGUCGACCCAGCCGGGCAGCCGUACAGACAUGAGGGAGCGAGGGGAUAGGUCGAUAUCAUUGCUGGUGUACGUUUGCUCCCUCUGCUGACCAGCGGUCGUGUGUCUCUCUGGAUCGGUCUGGUCUAGUUUCCACUCGUCGUAUGGGGCGCGUCGUAUAGCCUCAGCCCUCCUAGUAGCAAGAUUCUAAUAGAGGGAAUUGGAGAUGACUAAAGGGAGGAAAAAUUUUGUCAAAGAUUACUAGUGUAGCCUGCUUUAUAGGGUCACUUUGUGUGUGUGUGUUUAUUAAUAAAUCAAUUAUUUUAUGAUGUUACUGUUUUAACAAGCUAAAAAUGUGUAUGUGUGCUCAUUGUGUUAGAACAGACCAUCUAUUAAUAUCAAUAAAG